UGAGCCCAGCACCAUGUUGGAGCUGGAGCAGCUGCAGCAGCGCGACAUCCCCGCGGGCCGGCAGGUCCUGCGCGACCACCACUGCAACCUCCACAGGGUCGCCGACUACUGCGAGAGCAACUACCUGCAGGCCAGCGACAAGCAGAAGGCGCUGGAGGAGACGAUGGCUCUGAGCACGCAGUCCCUGGCCAGCGUGACGUACCAGGUCAGCAGCCUGGCCACCGCCUUCCUCCGGCUGCUGGACCUGCAGGCGGCCGAGCUGCGGAAGGUGGAGGCCGACGUUGGCUGCGUGGCCCAGAGGGUCGACAUGCACAAGGAGAAGGUGUCUCGCCGGGAGAUCGGCUCGCUGACCGUCAUGGUGACCCUCUACCCCUACACGCGGCAGAAGGACAACGAGCUCUCCUUCCAGCCUGGCACCCUCCUCUUCGUCACGCGGCGCUACUCGGACGGCUGGUGCGAGGGAGUCAUGGGCGAGGAAGCGGGUUUCUUCCCUGGCAAUUACGUGGAGCCCUUCUGAGCGCCGGUGGCGGGCAGCACCCCCCUGUACCCCCCACCCUGGAUCACCCGCCCGGCUUUGGCCGCAUCCUGCUCCUGCUCGGGCCUUUGAACGGCGACUUUGCACAGCUCAGCCCUCGCCCGGGCAGCCUCCAGUGCCCGCAGCAUCCCCCUGCCCAGUCUCCCAUCCUCUUUAUAUAUAUAUAUUUUUUUUAAUUUCACCCCCACUGGCUGCGGGUGGUGCUGGGAAGGUUUAGCACUGGGGCACUGCACCAAAGCACAGAUAGAGGAGGCGAGGCCAAACGCCCACAGGGACGAGGAGGAGCUGUGGCCGCAGGGAACCUGCUGUCCCCAUCAGCUCGAGAGGCGGAGGGGGAUGAGCCAGGCCCCAAACCUGCACCAAAGGGGGUUCCCACAGGGUCCCCCCGCAGAGCAUUGCUUGUAGCCUGGCCCUGCUCUGCUGCUCCCCCUCCAACGCUGUCCCCCCGCUUUCAGCAGCCCAGGGAAGAGAAACAACACGUAGGUGCAACUCAGAGAGCCGUUU